AUGCUUAAGUUGGCCAUUCUUGCCUACAGCAGUGUUCUGUUCGCCAAAGUCGUGACCUCUGCUGCAAUUGCACUGUCAUUGACCGCCCCCGAAAACGUCAGUCAGCCAGUUCUCAAGUCGUUCGUUUCGUUCUCGAUCGAGUUUUCAUCUUUUCCGGAUUUUGCCGGAAAUCUAAGCCACCCCAACAAUUUUUCAUACAACCUGCUCAAAAACCUGGGCGACCUGCAGGGAUCGAAUCCUAUUAUUCGAGUGGGUGGUAAUACACAAGAUUACGCAACCUUCAACGCGACGCAAAAGGAACAACUCAUAGGAACCGUCAACGCCAACCGCUCACGAGACUACCCGACGACCAUCUCGAUCGGGCCAUCGUAUUUCGACAGCUACUCGACAUGGCCCAACAUCAGCUACAUCCACGGCUUCAACCUCGGCAAGAACGGCAGCAUCGGACACGACACGCUGGUCGACACGGUGCCGCUCGUCUGCAAGGCCCUCGCCUCGCCGGACGGCAAGAGUCCGAAACUCGCGGCCUGGCAGCUAGGUAACGAGCCGGAUCUGUUCAAGACGAGCGCUCAAGGGCCAGUGCGGCCGUCGUGGUGGAAUGAGACCGAUUAUGUCCAGGAGUGGUUGAAUAAGACGCGGAGUGUCAUUCGAGCGCUGGUUAUGGAGAAUUGUCCGGAGGUCGUUGAGCAGGGGAAAUUUAGCUUCUAUGCGCCUUCGUUCGCGGGUACGAGUAAUAGUCUCAAUCUGAUCAAGACGUGGGAUCAGGGGAUUGACGCGGAUCAUGAUAUCGGGUUCGUGGACAGCCACAACUACAUCGGUGGCGCAGAACAGCCUGGCGUCACCCUGCAAGGCACACUAAUGAACCACAGCUCGACGGUUGCCAGCGUAGCGAAACACUUGAACGAAUCCCGAAUCUUACGCUCCCAAGGCGUUACGCAGCCCUAUAUCCUCGGCGAGACCAAUAGUCUGUACAACCAAGGCAAGCCAGGUCUGUCGAACUCUUUCGGCGCGGCGCUGUGGGGUGUCGACUUCAACCUGCAUUGCGCAGCCAACAAUAUCCGACGUGUGCAUAUGCAUCAAGGCACGAAUUAUCGGUAUGCGAGCUGGCAGCCUAUCCAGACUGUCAACGAAUCAAUCGGGACAAAGACGCCCUAUUAUGGAAAUGUGGCUGUUGCCAGAUUCUUGGGUAACGAAGGUGGAAGGGCGGAGAAUGUCACCGUCAGUGAGAUUGACCUUUCCGAAAGUGAGAGUGGUGCAAGCAUCUACCACAGUGCGUACGCCGCCUAUCUAGACGGUCGACUCGCCAGACUCGCCGUCAUCCAGAUGCAAGCGUACAACUACUCCUCACCAUCAUCCCCAGGCUCGUCACAGCGACCCGUGGAGAGAUUUUCAUUCCAGUUGGGGAACGACCAGACGGGGACGGCUGCUGCGGUCAAGAGCAUCACAGCGGAACAACUGAUCGCCAACGGGAGCGAUGCCAUCACCGGGGUCACGUUCGGUGGAUAUUCGUUCAACUACGAGCUUGACGAGGGGCGGCCCGUGAUGUUGAAGAACAUAUCCGCUGCUGAGGAUGUACAGAUUCAGCAGGGCGGUGUGUUCUUAGUUGAUGUGCCGUGGUCGAGUGCUGUCGUGUUGAAUUUUGCCUAUUAG